AUGCAAUUGAAGUAUUCGAUUCAAAUUGCUUUAGGAGCUAAGAAGAAAGUUGGAUUUAUUGAUGGAACCUCGAAGAAACCAAAGGUUGAAGGUAGCGAUCUUGAUGACUGGACCAACAAUGAUUGCAUGGUUUGGUCAUGGCUUCUAAAUGCGAUUUCGAAAGAUAUCGUUGAAGCUUUUAUUUUUGAUACUAUUGCUCAUGAACUUUGGAACGAGCUUGAAGAACACUUCUCAGAAAGCAAUGGACCUCUCAUCUAUCAGCUUCAAAGACAAAUCGCCUCAAUUAACCAAUGUGAUUCUUCUGUUUCUAAAUACUAUACCAAACUUAAACAAUUAUGGGAUCAGUUGAGUUGUCUUAUGCAAUUGCCUAUGUGUAAUUGUGGAUCUUCAAAAGCCAUGUCAAACUUUGCUGAGACCCAUGUAGUUCUUUAUGGGAUUAAAUGA